AUGGCUCCACGACUGUUAACACCGAGGGAUCAAGUCGCAAAUCUUCAAAGCAUCGCGGAUUACCUGUUAACUCAAUGGCGAAGUCCACGCGAAGUCCUCACCGUUCUCUUGCUGCUCGGCCCAGAAGUUGUUCAAACAGCCAUUGCGCAGCUCUCUGGACGGACCGUGACACCUGUACCGUUUUCGUUCGGAUGGGUCACUUAUUCGUGUAGCAUGCUCCUUUCUGCGAUUGAAGGUCUAGCUCCCCAUAUACCCAUAUACCAUCAUCCCAAGUUGGUGAUACAGAUCGAAAAGUUGACAUUCAGGAGAACAGGUAGACAGCUCAUGCCAAACCAUCAGAAGCCCAUCUUGGUGGUGAACGCCACAAAUGGCCAUUCCAGGACCACCAAUUCUUGGGUUUUGUGCAAAUUGUUCGACUUUGUGAAUGAUGAGGUAGACAGGGACAUGGUAAGCGAAGAGCCACACAUUUACCAGCAAACGGGAAGAACAAUGGAAGAUAAGCACGCAGGACAAGCCAAGAAGAAACCAUGGGAAGCUCUCCGAGUCACGGUAUAUAAAAUUGACAAGGAUGCGAAACUCAAACAAGGUAUCCCCAGCCUCGACUGGGUAUGGUUCUUGGGCUUUGCCGUCAUUCUCAUCCAGCUAAUGCUGUCGAUUCUCCCAUGGAUAUUGAACAGAGAUUGGGCACCUUUUCUCGUCACAUUGUCCGGGAACUGUCUCGCUGUUUGCGGAGCCUCCCUUCCCCAGUGGCGAAAGGAGAAAUGGGCGAACCGCACUAUGGGAGGCUCGACGGUUACGCUAACCAGAGGCAACGGUACGCGCACGGCCAUAGUCAUGGUCGCAGAUGGCAAUUCCGGUCUUGACUUCGAAAUCCUAGCUCAAAACUCACGAGUUGCAGUCCCAUCUCAUAUAACCCGGUGUGCUACAGCUAUCCUGGCUCUCUUCUGGAUCCUCCUUCUGGUCACUGUGGCGGGUUUGGAGCAACAUACGUGGUACCUGUUCGGUGUCGGUCUUCUUGGAAGCAUUUACACCUUGGAAGCAGCCGGGGCCGGUCGACAUCCAGAUUGCCUUGGCGUUCACGUCAAGAAGGAUCAGGAAUUUUCCGCCAAGGAGGUAGCCGAGGUCCUCAAAAAGGUGCAGCAAACAUUUGACACCACCUUCAUUGGCGCAUCGCUCCUCAACAUUUUCUUCCCUGGUGGGCUUCGAGCAAAAGGCGAAGACUUAUCGUUCUGGAAAGAAGUCUUGAAAUCUUGGUUCUCCCCAAACCAGCAUGGCGAACUUGUCCGUGUAUUCGGACCAGAACCGAAUGGCGUAUUGUCAACAUGUCCAAGGGAACUCGAAAAGGGUGCCCAGUGUAUUACCGAAGUCGAUUCUAAUGGCACGAUGGUAAGGCAUUCCCCACACUACAUUUGA